GCCCAGGAGGUGGGCGUGGGAAGACAUGGGGCCAACCCGCUGCAGGGAGGGCGGUGCCGGGGCAGGGGGACCAGAAAGACGCUGCUUGCUUCGCCAAGUUGCCGGGGAAAGUUAGGAGAGACCCCUGGACACAGGAGAGGAGGACCAGGGUGACUGAGGUGAAGCCAUGUGGAGGCCACUACUCCUGCUGGCCCUGUGGCUGGGCACAGUGGGCGUGGGUAGGGCUCAGCUCACAGCCACCCAGCACCAGGGCCUGCAGGUGGCCCUGGAGGAAUUCCACAAGCACCCACGUGUGCAGUGGGCCUUCCAGAAGACCAGUAUGGACAGCGCCACGGACACGUCCUUCCCGGCGGGGACAUUUGUGAGGCUGGAAUUCAAGCUCCAGCAGACGAACUGCGGGAAGAAGGACUGGAAGAAAGCGGAGUGCAAAGUCAAGUCCAACGGGAGGAAGCGGAAGUGCCUGGCCUGCAUCAAGCUGGACUCGGAGUCUAAAGUCCUGGGCCGGAUGGUCCACUGCCCGAUAGAGGCGCAGGUUCAACGGGAGCCCAAGGAGCCCCAGGAGGCCCAGUGCAGCAAGAUACAGCGGAUUGGUGAGGACCCCCAAAGCUACUACUUCCCAGGACAAUUUGCCUUCAUAAAGGCGAAUGCCUGACCGAAUUCCACCUGGCUUUCUGGACAGCUGGGGGUGGUAACCAGUGAAACACCCCUCCCUGUGCCCCGAGGACGACCCCAUUAUCCCCAAGCUAAUAAAACUGCUCUUGAGCUGUG